AUGCUGCAGGCCCAGCAGGACGUGGACGGGCUCCCGUGGGAGGUGCGCUGGCGGAAGUUCUUUAUCCCAACCCCGGAGGAGAUCCUGCAGGAGAUUCGAGACCGAUUUGAGCUCUACGUCCAAGACCCCAUCGAGCGCGAGCGGGAGUGGUACUUGCACUGGAAAGAUCGCCUCUUUAAGGCCCAGAAGGAUCGCCUGAUCUGGCCGCAGGGGUUUACGGAUUACCUCGACCACUACGACGUGCAGGGGCGGCGGCGGGUGUUGCCCUCCGACCAGCGGUGGUCGGACACCUCGUGGAAGCACCUCGCGGACGUCCGCUAUCGCGAUCGGAUGUGGAUGAUCGAGGGGGAGGAGCGAAAGGUCAUUCAUCAGGGCAUGCAGAGCGAGCAGGUUUUGCUCGCGGAGGAGGAGCAACGGCAGGGGGAGCUCGGGGACGUCUUCCACGGCAUGGCCGCCGGUGUGAUUGACUUCGACCCCGAACAGACCUACCAGGCGCUCUCCGGGACCGCGGACCCCUUGGAGGUCGCCAAGACGAAGCUGAAGUUGAACGCCUACGGCGCGAAAAUCGCGUUGGAAUCGGGAAAGCCGAUUGAUCCGGCGAGGCUUGACCCGAUUUCGGGCUUUCCCAGGGCGGAAAUGGAACCUCUGGCGAGCGGGCUGACAGUUGAGCAGGGGGCCGCGCUCGCCUUCGAAGCGAACCUCCAGCAAGAGGUUCUCGAGCAGGGCUCGGAGAUUGCGCGUCUGUCCGGUCGUGAUCCCACUCUGACGAUGAUGAAAAGUGGACUCCGUACGUCUAGACAGCAUAACGAUCAGCCCAUGCUUCGAGCGAGAAUCGAGGCAAGGAUGGAGGAAGUGAAAAUGUUGAACGAAGAGGCGCGCCGGAGCGGGCUCGAGGAGGGCGGCGUACCUUCUCGUAGUAUCUCGAGUCUCACCAAUCUAAUCGGAAAACUAGAAGAUGGGGUAGUGGAGGAGGAGAAACUUUUAUCCGAUUCCAAAUCGCCACUGAAUGCGAACACUUCGGCAGCAAAGGAGGUGUUUUCGCCAACGGAAGCGGGCUUCAUUGAAAUCCCUCGUCGCCCUGAAAAUGUGGAGCCUAAUGUCGCGGAGGAUCUUUACCGUACCCCGGAAAGCGAGGACCUGGAAGCUAUGCCGGAGUGGUACAGAACGUCCCUCGUCGAGACCGAUCCUCUUAUUAAGUCGUAUGGGAUGGUGAAUGAUCCUUUAGAAAUGAAAGAGACGAAGGUGGCGUACUACAAACAGCCCCCUCUACACUUAGAGGAUCGCAUCACGAACGACGACGCGAUUAUUGGUGUCUCUGCCUUUGAUGAGUACAAGUUGUACCGGCUCCAAUCUCUCCCUGAGCUCGUCGAGGGCUAUAAAUCCCUUCCGUUAUUUCACGAGGUAGCUAUGGAUUGCCCUCAGAAGGUUGCUUCCGACGAUGCAAAGGCAGCGAGCGCUGGAAAAGGCAAAAAAGACUUGAAAAGAUCGGAAAAGCUCCGACAGGAGCGCAAGGAACGGCUUCGAAAGGCGAAGCUGCAGUACGAUCCGGAUAUUCUGCUGCCGACGUUGCCAUGGGAGACGGAUUCGAUCGUGGACCCCUACCGUGGGGUGGAGGAGGAGGAUGCGGUGGAGUUUAACAAGGAAGACUUGGAAAAAACCUGGUUUGCUUAUCGCGGCGCCUUCCAACAGGCAAUUAUGGAGUUUGGGAAUCUUACCCAGGUUACCACCGAGGAUCGCUGUGAGCAGAUGCUUUUCGAUACAAUGGAGCGAUUCCGAAGCGGGCGGAUUGAAGGUCAUCCGGAGAUUCCACCGGAGGCGAAAGAGAUCUUUUCAUUGAUUUUUGAAGCUCACACGAAGCAUUUCCUGGCGGACUUUUACCGAAUCCGAGGAAACCGCCUUUCAGAGGCGAACAUAGUCAAGUCCGAGGCCGAUGCGAUGCUAAAAAAAGUGUCUGCGAAGUGUAAGCUCCUCGGGCGGAACUUUAUGAAUUUCGUUCAGGAGAUGACCUCUCUGGAGCUCGACAACGUUCGCAAAAACCCCAUCCAACGGUACGCGCUCAUGCUAAAAGACAAGAAAUACGAGCCCUUGGCGAAACCGUUUAUGCGGUGGGUCCAGAACGAGCUCCAGGAGUUUAUCCACAUGGGCUUCCAGAGCAUGGACCAGCUGGAGACGCAUCGGGAGUUCCUAACCAAGCACGUGAACGACGCGAAGCUGCAGUGUCCGGCCCGGGUGGAGGGGCUCUCCGACGCCUCACGGGAUGCCGCCGUGGAGGCGGUCUUUUUAUGGUGCCGCGGCGCCAUCGCCUUUUACGCCGGCAAGCAGCUUUUUCGGAUGUUUAUCGCCUUCGCGGACACCCGACUUCGCUCGCGCGCGGAGUCGCACUUCGAGGACUCCAUCGAGUGGUUCACGAACUACGCGAAGAUGGGCCAGGGCGUCGUGCAAAUCCCCAUCCCGGACGCCGAUCCGCCUUGUCAAUACGAGGAGAAGGAGUUUCUCGACGGCGAGAGCGCCGUUUUUGCGGAAUUGAGCGGGAAUUUCGACAAGGCCGAGGGGAUUUGGCAUAGCGGGAGCACCCGGCGGUGGUACCCGGUGAUAGAUGAGACCGAGUAUAUGUGGUUUAACGAGCGACGAGGCCGGCUAAGCGUCGCCCUGGACGUCUCCGAUCGCUGUUUGGAAAGCAUGAAUAAAAAAACCCACCCCUCCAUUCACCCUUUUCCCGAGCGCGCGCGGGUUUUUUUGGAAGGGGCCCCGCUCACCCAGGAAACGGCGGAGCAUUUGUGGCUUCGCCAUAUGGGGGAUCUUUACUGGGAGCAUAGCGAGUUUAUGACCCGUCAGGGGCGCUUUCAGACGGGCCGCGCCUACCGCGAGAAGUGUCUGAAUUUUUAUCAUGUGGCGAUGCGAACCGCACAGGAGCGGCUGCCGGCGUCCUGGCGGGCCCCUUUGCUCACCCAGGCAAAGUAUCUCCUGCGCGGGUAUGAGCCGGGGAAGGCCGUGGAGGGGCAUUUGCAGGCGCUGGAGGAGGUCGUCGAGCGGCUUUUUCGCGAAAUGGGGCGUCUGCACUGGGUGGAGCCGUUUAGCGAUUUGCCUUUUCGGGUGGCCCUCGUCCAGGCGAACCUGCCCGCCUACGGGGAGCUCAUCACGCGCGAAGGGAUCCGGCGCUUGGGAUGGCAGCCCUCGAAUGAGAUGUUGAUGAAGAACAUGUCGAUUCGCGCGCGCGGAGGGGGGACGAUGCCCGAGUUGGAAAAGUACUUCGCCACCACUAACGACGUCGCGGAGGAGGUCUUCCGGCGGAAAGUCCUCCGCUGGCGAGCAAAGGAACGGGAGGGCUCCGAUGCGUAUCUCUUUUGGACUCAUCUUUACUUCGCCUUCCGCGUGUAUCCGAAGGAUCCGGCGGAGGUGCAGAAGCUGUGGGAUCUCUUCGAGCCGGCCUUUUUGUACAUUUACACGCAAUGCGCCCUCGCCAUCCCUCAGCGCGGGCAGUGUCUGAUCAACGACGCGCUUCGGCGGCUUUGCCAGAUCCUCCUGCCGGGUGAUUCCGCGCAAAAGACGACGCUUUUGAAAGAACUUACAAAGGUGCGGGAGAAGAUGGUGCACUUUGUAGAUCGGCGGGAGCUUGACCGCGCGAUUAACGCGCUGGAUGCCAAUCUAAUCGACCCCACGAAGCCGACAUAUAUCUACGGAACGGGGCUUCUUCAUCAGGACAUGGUUUAUCAUGAGGGUAUUUCUCGAAAUCCGGCCCUUCGCUCGCAAUUAGCCUCUGAGGAUUAUGCCGAGCUACGUCGACGACAGGAGCUUAUUCGCACGAACAGCACCGCUCUCGAUCCCCACCAAAUCGCGCAGAUUCAGGAGGGGAAAACUAGCAGUUCGGAAGAGCCGAUGAUUUCUUAA